CUACAUCGACGGUGCAGCAAGGUCAGAUGACAUCGACGAUCGACGCCAGGGCUUGUUGGAUCUGGGUGGGGGGCGAUGACGGGGGGUGCAGGGAGCAGCGGUGUGGGGGGGUCUGGGGGUGCCCAAUUCAACCCACUGUCCAAGAAGGAGAUGGCGAAGUUGAGGCGGGGGAACAUUGUUUGGAACUUCGUCACCGCAGGGCAGUACGUCAGGGACCAGUCGAAGAUGCAUGGGGACCGAAAGUUGCGUGGCAACUUAUGCGGCCACUUGUUUCUUUGGACUGCUCAGCGGGUGCAGAGGUGGAUGGCAGAUGAGGGCAUACGGGACACGAGAGCGCCCGCGGGUGGCCAGCGACGGCGGAUGGACGACGCAGAGAGGGACGAUAUUCAGGAUGCCCUCGAUGAGGAGGAGGGCCGCGAGGGUGGGGCCGGGGGGGGGGGGGGGGCAGACGAGGCAGACGAGGGAGUCGGAGAGCCUGACCUGCCAGGGGAGGAGGUGGUGAUGACGUCGAGAGGUGUUGGUCGAGCGGGUCCUGCUCCUAGGGCGCCGCGACCUGAGUUGGAUCGCGUGAGGAGGGAAAAGAGGAUAGUGGGGGAGGUUGGCGUCGAGGUGCGAGACACGGGCAGGGAGAAGAGGGCUCAGCAGACCACGAUUGACGAGAUGUACGCCAAGGAAAAGUUGGCAGAGUUCAUAGACGCGUGGCUGCAGUGGGUCUACGUGAAGGGGUUGCCAUUCAACGCCUUCCGUGGUCCGGAGUUCCAGAAGGUGCGACAGGCGGCGGAGAGAGUGCCUCGCAGUAUCCAGUUCCGGUUUCCCUCCUUCAGGGUCAGAGCGGGCGCCGGUAUCCAUUCGCCCGUGGCGACGAUGGUGGGCGAGGUGCGCGUCGCUUUCCGGCACAGCGGUGCCACCAUCCUCUCCGACGGGAGGAAGUCGCGCAGCGGCAAGCCGCUCGUGAACUUCCUCGCCGGGGGCGCCAAUGGCGCCCUGCUAUACGCCACCGUCGCAUGCGACGGGUCGGUCCGAGACACCACGGACAUCGUGUACCGUAGGCCGACGAGGCGCGUUGGAGAGCAUGUUGCACGGGGAUGCUUGGGCACGCAUCCCGUGGGAGCGCAGGCAUGUAUCUCAGGCGCAGUGGGUGCAGCAGCAGAUCCGGACAGGGAGUUUUGGCGGUGUGUCCAGUACGCCAUCCUUGUCAUGUCGCCCGUCCACCAGCUAUUGCGCAGGAUGGAUAGGGGGGGGAUGAUGAUGUCCGUCAUUUACGAGUGGAGUCAGCAUGUGCUGCAGUUGAUGAGGAGGGUGGACGUGCCGGAGAACAUGAUCGAGCCGUGCGUGCGUGAGGUUGCCAUCCGCAACCUCCACAUGCUAGAGCCCGCACAUGCCGCGGCCCACCUCCUCAACCCUCGUCGACAGUCCCUCACGUAUUACCAUUCGUUGGAGACGACCGCCGCCGACCGCCGUGUGGUCGAGGAGUGCGACAAAUUUCUCCUGGCGCAGACCGGCGGCGAUCCGGUCGGCAGAUUGUACAGGACCGUGAGGGACCAGAUGAGGGCGGGGGACAGCGAGACCGAGCGAUGUGCAUCGUGGUGGUUUGAGCAUGGACGUGCCCACCCGGAGUUGCGCACCAUCGCCAUCCGUGUCAUGCACUUGUGGACUUCUGCCUCUCCAGCGGAGAGGAACUGGGCGCAGCACAAGCGCAUCAACACGGCGAGGCACUGCAAGCUUGGGUUUGCCAAGCUUGCACAGCUGGUUGAGAUUGCCACCAAUCUCAAACUGGCCUCGUGCGCAUGGCAGGGUGGUGGCUACGUGUUGACGGUGUUGCCAUGGGUUAUGGGGACCGGUCGAGGGGGGACGGCGACAGAGGACGAGGAUGAGGACGGAGAUGUGGAGCCCGAGGUGUGGGGAGCGCGACCUGCUGGCAGUGUUCCAGAGGUGGAGAUCGAGCGGCAGAUUGUCGCUUUCCAGCAUAGCCGACCGUCCAGAGCCCAUUCGGUUCGGGACGUGUUCGGCAUCAGGGCGACGGAGCUGCGACCGUGGCCAGAGGGUGGGGAUGAUGUGGACGCUGCUGCGGCAGACGACGAUGACAUGCUGCUGAGUAGCGACCCGACGACUGAGCAGGUGUACUUCACUUACGGUGGGGGUCGUGACGGCAUGGAUUCAUUCACAUCAGUUAUCACUCGUGGUGCGUCGUCGACCGCACAGGCGAGUGGCAGCAGCAGAGCCGGUGGUGGUCGUGGAGGACUUUCGCAUGCGGAGGUUGGCGUCGACGACUGGGGGGAGCAGCAGCCACGGGGAGGUCUUCGGCAGACAGGCAGGCGAUGGGAGGUUAGGAGCGACAGCGAGGCCGAGGAUGAGGAGGUGCCCCUUCGCGAUCGUCGCUUCUCUCCCUCCCAUCAUCCGAUCUCUGCACAACUCGAGGCACUUAGGCAUUCGGAGAGGUUGGCGUCGGCAGCAGGCAGAGAUCGGACAUAUGACGGCGAGGAUCGUGGGGGGAGAGGACUCCUUCCGACGCCGAGGGAGAUGGAGACAGGAGGGAGGGGAGGCCGUGACAUCGACGCCUCGGGUGUCCCUGAGGAGGCAGUUCAGGGGGCGUUCGAUGAUGACGGACAGGAUGCCGCAGCGGGAGGUGAGUCAAGUGGUGGACGACGCGGCGACGCGGAGACCGCGGGUGAUGAGGGGCAGGAUGUUGUCAUGGGCGGUGGGUCCCCUAGUGGGGGGCGUGGCGACAGCGAGACCGCAGGUGAUGAGGGACAGGGUGCCGCCGUGUGUGGCAGAGGAGAGGGUGGACCCGGUGGAGAUGGGGAUACCGCGGGUGUCGGUGGAGACGAUGGACCGGAUGGAGAUGAUGACAAAGACCACGGUCCCGAGGACAAUGCGUAUAGACUCGCCUUGGUGUUGAGGGACCCCACAGUACCUCCCUUGCGCCCUGACGACUUAGCGCAGACUUUCUUCGACGUCCACGCUUUGGCACAAGCGUUGACGGAUGACCGUUUCGCACACACGGGCUGCAGGAGUGGCCAGAGGCAGGCCCCUGGAGGGGAAUAUUCACCGCCGCCGUUUGUGUUGCAGAGUCCUCGAUGGUUGGGUUCGUCGCUCAGCGGCGGGAGAGGGAGGGAGUCCAGAGCGAGUGAGGUGGGGUCCGGUAGAUGCAGCGACGACGGCAUAGACAUUGCAGGAUCGAUGCCUCCACCACCCGCACGGACUCCGGAGGCCAGGGUCGACGCCGUGGACCAGACGGCGGCACCCGGAGUUGCGCACAAUGGCGGUUCCCCGCCGGCAGUCCGAGGUGGUGUGGGUGGCGGAUGGUCAUCUGUUUGCCAGGUCGGGGACCGGUUGCGGGCGGAUUACGACGUCGGGAGGGGCGUCUUCACCGGACGUACGCCAGUUGAGACGCAGGCCGUGGAGGGUGGGUCCGGACGUCCGAGCCUGCAUAUGGCAGGCCGCAUGCUCGGUUUGUCACGAGCGGAGACGAGGAGAUCAUUGGUCCUCGAGGCCACAGGGACAUCCACGGACAUGCUGCGGGGAGAGCAGUUCACAUCGGGCGACGAGGGGUUGUUGAUGCAUCCCGGGAUGAGACGACAACAUGGUCUCUCGGAGGUUGAGGCUCGACGCGCGGCAGGGGUCGUCGCUGGCCAGGCAGCAUUGGACGUGAUUCAGAGGGAGAGAGAGAUGGGGAUUGCUGCACGGGCGGCGGAGGACGAGGACGCAGACAUAGACGUCUCGUUCCGCCUUGCUCGUUCGUCUUCACGCACCGCGGCACAGCCGCCAUCUCCGCCAACUUGCUCGUGGGCAGUGUCCAUUGCUGGGGGCGUCCGGUCGAGUGUUGGGCGAGUUCACUCCGCGAGGAUGACUGCGAUGUCUGAGGUGGUCCAUGUGCGUGGAGUGGGUGAUAGGGAUGACGUCGGGGCCGAGUUGUCCGCUGUGGAGAGGGUUGCCGUGACGUCUGCCGUAGCCGCCGUCAUCAUGUAUUGCGACAUGGAGGUCGAAGAUCAACGGCGGUGGGCACGACUACGUGCCCGGAGAAGGAAGUUGAUGCCAACGGCAACGACUGAAACGUUGGAUAGUGCUGCCAUCUGUGAUGCCGUGUUGGAGGUGUGCUGUGCACUGGGAUGUGGGGGACUACCGAGGGCGACGCCAAGGUGGUGGGUAAAAAGGAGGACGGGGGGGACUUGGGAGGAUCUUCGUCCUGCGGACGACGCCACUGACGAUUACUUCCGCGACAAGUUACGGAUGUCUCCACGUGUCUUCCGCGAGAUCGUUGAGAACUUAUCGCCGAUCCUCCAGCGACGUGUGACGUUCUAUAGGGAACCGUUGCAACCAGACCAGAUCGUCGCCUACGCGCUGUACAGGUGGACGUGGGGCGAGACAUACGAGAGCAGCAGCUGCAGCUUUGGGAUUGGCAGGGCUUCAGGUUUGGUGGCCAUCCGGAACGUUACUGCUGCGCUACUUUCGGUGUACAGGGAGAAGGUGGCAUGGCCGACUGGGGUGGGGAAGGCGAUCGUUCUGCGUGCUUUUGCAGACAAGGGUUUCCCGAACUGCCAUGGGUGCAUCGACUGCACCCAUAUCUACGGGGACAAGCCGACGAAUGCACCUGCAGAAGACUACUACGACCGCAAGAGACGCUUCUCUGUCGUUGCUCAAGUGGUGGUCGACUUGGACUUGCGCAUCCUGGACGUGUUUGUGGGAUAUCCGGGGAGCUGCCACGACAGGGACCUCGCGAGGCGGCGGGAGCUGCGGGCCGUGUAUGAUGGAGGAACGUUUGACGGCGGCGGUGGGAGGAAGCAGUGUGCGGAGAGACGACGGGCGCAGUACAUGUGCAAUGUCGUCCAAUUUUCAGUCAGCAGUGAGGGACGCAGAGCGGAGAGCGACAAUCAUGCCUCGUAGUCCCCACGCCAUAUGCCGUCCGUUUUAGAGUUUGUCGGAAGUUUUUCCUUUUCGGAUUUCGAUCCGCGGCUUCGGGCUGGUGCGUUGAUAGUGGGCCGUUCCCUGUUAGUGUGGGCGAGUCGUUGGGCGGUGGAAGCGGUGGCGGUGGCCGGUUAGUGUGAUUAGUAGACGACAUUGAGAUGGAGUUGUUGUCUGUCGCGAGCGGCAGCCGUGUGCAUCUCUUGGGGCUCGUUCGGGACGUUCUACGGAGAGCAAUCAUGUCGGCAGUGUGUUUUUAUAAUUCGCAAGAGUUUGGUGAUUGUUGGGUUGUGAUCGGAAAGUGUUAUUGGUUGUUGACGACUGUUUUCCUUCCUCUCCUACGCACUCCCUGCUGCAUGGAUGGAAUGCUGACGUGUGAAAAAAAGAAGUCUGCGAGCACAAUCAAAUGGUGUUUACAUG